UUGACAAAGAGAUGAUGCAAAGAAUAAGGGAGAAAUCUAUCCUACAAGCACAAGAAAGUGCAAAAGAAGCUAUGGAAGCAAAAGCUUCGGCGAGGCGGGAAGAUCAAAAAUAUACACUAAAUGUCAUGAUGAAGAUUGAAGAAGAAGAGAGGAAAAGGAUAGAAGAUAUGAAAGAAAAUGAACGGAUAAAAGCAACUAAAGAAUUGGAAACCUGGAAAGAACAUCAAAGAAAAGCUGAAGAACAUAAAAUAAUUCAGAGAGAAGAAAAAUUAUAUCAACAAGAAAAGCAAAUUGAAGAAGGGAGAAAAAAAUUAAAACAUAAAGGUCUUACUAGGAAUUCAGUAUCUAGAAAUCUUGCCACAAAAGGGAGAAAUUCAGAAAUUAUAUUUUUUGAGAAGUUAAAGGAAGACAGUAUUCCUGCUCCUCGCUCUGUCGGCAGUAUUAAAAUCAACUUUACCCCUCGAGUAUUCCCAACUGCUCUCCGGGAAUCACAGGUAGCAGAAGAAGAGGAGUGGCUACAUAAACAAGCAGAGGCACGAAGAGCAAUGAAUACUGACAUUCCUGAACUUUGUGAUUUAAAAGAAGAGGAAAAGAACCCAGAAUGGUUGAAGGACAAAGGAAACAAAUUGUUUGCAACAGAAAACUAUUUGGCAGCUAUUAAUGCAUACAACUUAGCCAUAAGACUAAAUAAUAAGAUUCCACUACUGUAUUUGAAUCGGGCUGCUUGCCAUCUAAAACUGAAAAACUUACACAAGGCCAUAGAAGAUUCUUCUAAGGCACUAGAAUUAUUGACACCACCUGUUGCAGACAAUGCUAAUGCAAGAAUGAAGGCACACGUACGACGUGGAACAGCAUUCUGUCAACUAGAAUUGUAUGUAGAAGGCCUACAGGAUUAUGAAGCUGCCCUUAAGAUUGAUCCAUCCAACAAAAUUGUACAAAAUGAUGCUGAGAGGAUUCGGAAUAUAAUUCAAGGAACAGAACUAAAAUCUUAAUGACGACUAGAAGCAACUAGGUAUUGUACUAGGUAUUGUUCUAAGUUUUACAAAAAUAACUGGAGGCAUUAGGAAUCUGUGCAUAUUAUGGCUGAUUAUACAGAAUCACUUUCUCUUUAGUUCUUUACAGGGAAGAAUAUUAUAAAUCUGUAGAAAAUGAAAUGUUUGAUUUCAGUGGUUUUUGAAUAAGUAAGUCAAAGUAAGAAUAAUCUAUUUUAAUUAUUUGUUUCAUACUAUAACAUAAUUAUAUUUUUUUGUUAUGAAUUCAGCUUGCCCUUAUAACUAACAAAAUAUUUGUUGGUGUGAUUACCAGGAUGCUUACUGAUUCAUUUUUAACAAGGAGAAGUUUAAAAUAAAAGAUUGUAUUUAUAAA